GACAGAGAGACACACACACACACUCUCUCAGACACACACACACAUACAGACGGACAACAGUGCUGAAGUGGACAACUCCUCGGAAGAGAAAAGUGAUAGACUGGUCGGAGGAGAGAGAGAGACAGAGAAGAAAAUACUUUUCGAAACAGCGUGACGAUGCUGUGUCCUGCGUGGUUAUUGGCUGUGGCUGUGGUGGGUGUGGUCAGCGGGGUUAAAGGUCAGUGCUGGGAGAAUCCUCGCUGUCAAGACCUCAACUCCGAGAACAGCAUUCUGGAGUGCAUCCAGCUCUGUCGUUCUGACCUCACCGCCGAAUCUCCCAUCUUCCCUGGCAAGGUGCAUCUCCAACCCAACUCCCCCUCCGACUCUCCUCCCCCCUCCUUACCUCUGUCCCCCCCCUCUCCCCUGUCCCCCCUGGAGCAGGAGAACAUCGUGUCCCCCCAGGCCAAGCGCUCCUAUUCUAUGGAACACUUCCGCUGGGGGAAGCCUGUGGGAAAGAAACGCCGCCCGGUGAAGGUUUACACCAACGGUGUGGAGGAGGAGUCCUCCGAGGGCUUUCCCAGCGAGAUGAGACGAGAGCUGGGCACCAACGAGGCCAUGUACCCCUCCCUGGAGGCUGGGGCUGUGGAAGGGGGAGAGGGCCUGGGGGGUGAGGCAGAUGGCCUGGGUGGGGUGUUUAGUCUUCAGGAGAAGAAAGACGGCUCGUACAAGAUGAACCACUUCCGCUGGAGCGGACCGCCCACCAGUAAGCGCUAUGGAGGGUUCAUGAAAAGCUGGGACGAACGUAGCCAGAAACCACUGCUCACUCUGUUCAAAAACGUCAUCAUCAAAGAUGGACAGCAGAAGAGAGAGCAGUGAGGGAGGGAGAGGAAAGGAGGAUAGGUGAGCUGAAGAGGGGGGGGGGAGAGAGGACAAGGGGGUUGAGGGAGGGAGGGAGAACAUGGGGGGUUGAGGGAGGGAGGGAGGACAUAGGAGGUUGAGAGAGGACAAGGGGGUUGCGGGAGGGAGAGAGAACAUGGGGGGUUGAGGGAGGGAGGGAGAGAGAACAUGGGGGGUUGAGGGAGGGAGGACAUAGGACAUUGAGGGAGGGAGGGAGAGAGGACAUGGGGGUUGAGGGAGAGAGAGAGGACAUGGGGUUGAGGGAGGGAGAGAGGACAUGGGGUUGAGGGAGGGAGAGAGAAAGUCCCUUUACUCCCCAUCCAGCGCUGUAGGACGUAGAUCCAGUAAGCUCUCAUUUGAUUCGCAAUUAGGAGACAGACAAGCUUUGUGAUUGGCUAAAAACACUUUGUCCUCUGACCCAGCAGUGAUGUUAGCUGCUAAUGUAAUAAUGUCUCUAAUAAAUCUUAACUGUGUAUAGAA